UACUUGUUUAUCAGGUCAUUUCGUUUCGGAUCGCCGUGGGGCCAACAAAACACGUUGAUAACUAAUCAUGGCUGCUGUUGUUGUUUACCGUGGAACAAUUCUGCACACCAAAUCGUUUGAUGAAUUCGAAUCCUUCGAUCAAGGCUUCGUGGCAGUUCAAGAUGGAAAGAUAAUUGGUGUGGGCAACGAUUAUGACAACUGGUUGUCCGCUAAUGAAAACGUGGACCCCAAGACUGUGAAACAAGUGCAACUCUCGGAAUUUCAAUUCCUCUGUCCAGGUUUCUGUGAUGGACACAUUCAUGCGCCACAAUACGCCCAGAUUGGAUUGGGAAUGAGUGUUCCACUGCUCGACUGGCUAAAUACCUAUACCUUUCCCACUGAGGCUAAGUAUGUGGAUCAAAAGUUUGCCCUGCAGAUCUACAAAGGCGUUGUGGAAGCAACUCUACGAUGCGGCACCACGUUGGCCUCCUAUUUCGCCACCAAUGACUUGGCAUCCACUCUGAUCUUGGCUCGGGAAGCUGUGCGUCAAGGUCAGCGGGCACUGAUAGGCAAAGUCUGCUCCAAUUGCAACAGUCCCGACUUCUAUGUUGAAACAACUGAGCAAUCUGUGGAGGGAACCAAGAAUUUCAUUGCGGAGCUACGUAAACUGAACAGUCCUCUGGUUUUGCCCACCAUAACCCCACGAUUUGCGCUCAGUUGCAGCAAGGAACUACUGAGAAAACUGGGUGACAUUGCCAAAGAGCAUGAUCUACAUAUACAGAGCCACAUCAGUGAGAAUCUUGAUGAAAUCAAAUUCGUUAAGGAGAUUUUCAGCAUCAGCUAUGCAGGCGCCUACGACGAAGCAGGACUGCUGACCAAAAAAGGUUUAAUUAAACACCAUAAAUCUUUAACAAUAUUAAUGUUUUUUUUUGCUUCAUAGACGAUCAUGGCACAUGGAGUACAUCUGGAGGACGAGGAGAUUGCUUUGCUUAGGGACCGUGGCACAUCCAUAAUUCAUUGUCCCGCCUCCAAUACCAAUUUGAAUUCUGGUCUUUGCGAUGUGCAGCGUUUGAUUAAAGCUGGCGUAACUGUGGGUCUUGGCACUGAUGUUUCUGGUGGAAAUUCCGUGUCCAUAUUGCAUGCCUUGUCUCGUGCUUUAGAUGUAUCUAAGCACAUUGAUGUCUUCAAUAGUCAGGACAUUCGAGGUUCCGGAGCAGCCAAGAAUCCGCAGAAAAACUACAAGCAAUUGUCCUAUAAGCAGGCAUUCUAUUUGGCUACUUUGGGUGGAGCAAAGGCAUUAACUCUGGAUCACAUCACUGGCAACUUUGCUGUGGGCAAGGAUUUCGAUGCUCUCGUGGUGGACGUCAGCAUAUUGGAGAAACCUCAUCGUUCGCUUACGGUGGAUGAGCUGUUGGAGAAAUUCAUUUAUACUGGCGACGAUCGCAAUAUCACUUCCGUUUUCGUGGCUGGCCGCAAAGUAAAAGGCCAAAUUUGCUAUCCCGAGUAAGAAAAGAAUUUCGUUUGCUAACAGUUUCAUUUCGCCUGGAAACGCAUAGAGAAUUUAUUUCAUUUAUCUGAGUAUGUGUGUGAAUCGAUUGUAAAUGCUGAAAUUAGGGAACUUUUAAAGUAACAUUAAAUGAAAGCGUUCAUAA